AUGAGUGCAGAUGGUCCACCAGGAGAUGCGUUAAACUUUGAAAGUAAAAAGAAGAAGAAAAAUAAAUCCCUUCCCGAAAAUGCCCCACUCGCAGAUACCGGUGACGCUGCCGAUCCGCUGAACUUCGGCAUUAAGAAGAAAAAGAAAACAAAACCUCUGGAUUUAUCCGAUGAUGCACCUGCAGAAAAUGAGCCAAAAGAAGAUACACUUCCUGAAGAAUUCAAGGGGAAGAAGAAAAAGAAAGUCACUCUAGACGAGGAAAAGGUUGACGAGUUAGCAGAUAAGCUCGACGAUGAACUUUCGUUCUCUACGAAGAAAAAGAAAAAGAAAGCUAAGUUGGUGGACGCAGGUGCGGUAGCAGCUACUGAUGCUACGGAUGCUACAGAUACCCUUUCGAAAGAAAAUGUUGAUGCAUCCGGAUUCACAUACGAUAUGUUGCUGACUCGUGUGUUUGCUCAACUGGGGGUACAUAACCCGGAGCUUGUCUCGGAUCCAAAACGUCGUUUGGUUAUGGUCCCUCCCCAAAUGGCACGUGUCGGAACAAAGAAGACACUGUUUGUCAACUUUUCAACUAUUUGUGGUCAAUUAAAUCGAGAUCAAGCCCAUUUGACUGCCUACAUCUUGGCCGAAUUGGGAACCCAAGGUUCAGUUGAUGCUAGCGGUGGUCUGUUGAUUAAAGGUCGUUAUCAAAGUAAACACAUGGAACCCGUAUUACGAAAUUAUUGCCGCAAUUAUGUCCUCUGUGUAACUUGUCAAUCGUCUGAGACAGAACUGUGCAAAGAUUCUCGUUUACUCUUCCUUCAUUGCCGCCGAUGUGGUUCACGUACCACAGUGAAGAACGUCACCUCCGGUUUCCAGGCUGUUACAGGCAGACGCGCUGCAAUACGCGCUCGAACUCAGUGA